UUUUAUUUGAUUCGUGUUAUCUAAAUGAUGGUAAUAUAAAAUAAAAUAAUAAAAUAUGAUGUCAAUGUUUAAUGAUUCCAUAAUAGCAUCCACAGACUCAGAUAAAUCCAUGGAAUCAGCCAAGCAGUUAAAUAAUUAUCACUAUUACAAAGACAAAAUAAGCCCGGUUAGAGUAAAACUGGGCAAUGCUAUUGAUGUCUCCUCAAACGGAUAUACAGAUGACGACGAAUACAAUGCUACUUAUAUCUUACCUUCCAAUACACCUGUAUCUCCUCUCAACAGGAAUUUCAAUGAUUUCAUUUCAAAUAAACUCGGGCUUAUGUUUACUUCAGAAAACUUUAGAAAGACAUUGGAAGAUGCAUUUAUUUCAAGACAAUUAUCUUUACACCCCCCUAAUUACAUCCAAAAAUUAAAAUUGGAAGGCGAAACUUCAUCAAACCCAUCCUAUCAUAACGUUUCUCCCCACGGUCUAUCUAUUAUUAAAAUUUGUGGAAAAAACGAUUUAAAACCUAUCACUAUCCCCCAAAAGAUUAAAUUAAUUGUCGAUUCAAAUCCCCAAGCGAUGGCCUAUUAUUAUAAAGAUGAUCCGGAAGAAACACGGUGGAAGAGCGUAACUUAUAUUCAAUAUUUACAAGAUAUAAGACGCGUAGCUAAGGCGUUUAUAUCGUUAGGCUUGGAGAAGUUUCACGGAGUAGCAAUAAUAGGAUUCAAUGCUCCAGAAUGGAUUACAUCUAAUUUUGCAGCCAUAUUUGCCGGAGGUUUAUCAGCCGGAGUAUAUACCACGAACAGCGCUGAAGCCAGCUUGCAGAUAAUGAUGGACUGCAAAGCAAAUAUUUGUGUGGUGGAAGACUGGAAUCAAAUGAAUAAAAUUCUAAGCAUAGCCGAUAAAUUACCUGAUUUAAAGGCUAUCAUUCAAUAUCGAGAAAAUAUUUCCCCAUCCAAAUCAAAAUUCGGCGAUAUUAAGCACUUAAAAAUAUUAAAAUGGUCCGAUCUCGAGGAAUAUUCUGAAAUGACAUCCGAGGAUACGUUAAACGAAAAGAUCGAAUCUCUUAAACCUAAUAAUUGCAGCACUUUGAUAUACACCUCAGGUACCACCGGAAUAUCUAAGGGUGUCAUGAUCAGCCACGAUAACUUGAUAUGGAUUUCCACGAAUUUUUCCAAAUACAUAAAAGCCGUAAAACAGUCAGAAAGAAUAGUUAGUUAUCUUCCCCUUAGUCAUAUGGCUGCUCAAAUAUUCGAUAUAUACACUGUCAUGGAAUCAGCAUCCAGUACAUGGUUUGCUAAGCCAGACGCUUUGAAUGGCUGUUUGCUAAAGACCUUAAAUGAAGUCAAACCUACUAUGUUUAUAGGUGUACCUCGACAAUGGGAAAAAUUUGCCGAUAAGCUUAUUAGUACGAAUAAAUCAAUUUAUGGACUUAAAAAAUACUUCUUUGAAUGGGUGAAAAAUGUAGGAAGACGCGGUAGCAAGGCAUUAUUAAAAGGCGACACCGUUCCUUGGGGAUAUUAUUUUGUUAAUCGCUUUGUAUUUCCCCGUUAUAAGGCAGUCUUAGGCUUCAACUCAUGCCGGUAUUUUAUAAGUAUGGGAGCUCCAUGCUCUUCGGCUACUUUAGACUUUUUCGGAUCGUUUGGCAUAAAUAUCCAAGAGAUUUAUGGAUGUUCGGAAUGUACGGGACCGGCUAGCGUUAAUUAUCCCAAUUUAGGGUUAUCUUGGACAGGAAGUUGCGGCCUAGUUAUUCCAGGAACUAAGGUCAAAAUAUUAAAAAGGGAGCCUAUGAAAGAGAAUAUAAGAGGCCAAGACAUAACAAUUAAAAAUAAUUUCGGAAAAGAAAAUAGUUAUGACGAGUCACUUGUUCAUAUUGCCAAUAGUGAAAUAAAAUUUCUAAGUUCAUCUCAAGAUGAGGAUAUGGAAGGGGAGAUAAUGAUAAAAGGAAGACAUGUUUUUAUGGGUUACCUUAACAUGCCUCAACAAACUAUAGAAACGAUUGAUUCAAAUGGUUGGUUAUAUACUGGAGACAUUGGAAAGCUAAUUAAAACGUCAACUGGGGGUCCUUUCCUCUUUGUAACGGGAAGAUUGAAAGAAUUGAUUGUAACUGCCGGUGGGGAAAAUAUAGCUCCUAUACCCAUUGAAAACGCUAUCAGAGAGCAGUUAUGUGAAAUUGUUAGUAACGCCAUGGUGAUCGGUGACUACAGAAAAUUUUUGUCAGUGAUAUUAACAUUCAAGACUAAAAUCGACAUAAAUACUGGCUUAUGCACACAGACGCUGCAACCUUCAGUUCAAACAUUUAUACUCGAUUUAUUAAAUAAAGGUUCUUCUACAACUCUUUCGCUCAAGGAUUUGAUUGAAAACAUGCCAUUACCACUAAAAAACUAUAUUAAUGACAGAAUAGACGCCGCUAACACAAAAGCCGUUAGUAGAGCCGCUUUCAUAAGAAAAUGGGUCGUGUUGGAAAAUAAUUUUACCAUGCCUGGCGGUGAAUUAGGACCCACAAUGAAACUUAGACGUCCUUAUAUAUUAAAAAAAUAUGCUCGGAUAAUUGAAUCUUUAUACAAUGAGAGUAAGGAAACAAGUAAAGAUGGAUUAUCCGAAAAUUAGGAAUUUUUAAGAAUCAAAAAGUUAUGUUGCUUAAUCCUGAAAUCAAACAUUUAUACCUCCAGAGACUCUUUUUUUUAACAAAAAAUGACAUUUGUUACAUAUGAAAUUUUUCCCCUCAUUUCAAUAGUUUAUGACAAUCUUAAAAUUAAUUUAACAAAAUUAGAAUAAACUUCAAAUAUUCUACCUCUUAAAAAAAUAAUUUCCCUUUUUAUCUAAGAUUUUGCAUAUCUAUUUCACCAUCCCCGAAUAAAUCAAA